AUGGCAGGAGGAGGAGAGAACUCAAGAGAGCUAGACCAAACACCCACAUGGGCUGUUGCUUCAGUUUGCGCCAUCAUCGUUGUCAUCUCCAUUUUACUUGAACAGGGUCUUCAUUACAUCGGCGAGUGGUUGACAGAGAAAAGAAAGAAGGCACUCUUUGAAGCACUUGCAAAAGUGAAGGCCGUCAUAUUCCAUUUUNGAAUCAUUUCCUUCCUUCUGACUUUUACACAAGAUCACAUCGCAAAAAUAUGCAUACCAGAGAAAGCUGCGAGUACUAUGCUUCCAUGUAAACUGAGGAAUGAAGCAGAUGAAGGAGAUCAACUUGAUGGAAGUCGCAGAAGCCGACUUUUAGGGACUUUAGCUGCUAACUAUUCUAGCCGUAGAAUCUUAUCAGCUCAGCCUAAUCCAUGUUCGAAAGGAAAGGUGCCAUUUGUUUCAGUACAUUCAAUGCAUCAGUUGCACAUCUUCAUUUUCUUCUUGGCACUAGUUCAUGUAGCCUACAGUGCUAUAACAAUGGCCCUUGGAAGAGCAAAGAUUCGCAGGUGGAAGGAGUGGGAGAAGGAGACUCAAACUGAUGAUUAUGAUUUCCCUAAUGAUCCUUCGAGAUUAAGAUUCGCUCUAGACACGACUUUUGUGAGACAACACACAAGCUUCUGGAAUAGGCUCCCUAUUUUUCUAUAUGUUGGCAGUUUCUUUCAUCAGUUCUUUAGGUCUGUUCGAAAAACAGAUUACUUAGCCAUGCGCCAUGGAUUCAUCAACGUGCAUUUGGCUCCUGGAAGCAAGUUCAACUUCCAAAAGUAUAUACUGAGGUCACUAGAAGAUGACUUCAAAAUAGUAGUUGGAAUCAGUCCUCUCUUGUGGGUUUCUGCUGUGCUCUUUUUGCUUCUUAACGUUCACGGAUGGCAUGAAUUAUUUUGGGCAACACUACUUCCCCCAGUUAUUAUUCUUGCUGUUGGAACAAAACUUCAAGCUAUCAUCGCGACGAUGGCUGUUGAGAUUCAAGAAAGGCAUCAAGUUAUUCAAGGAAUCCCUGUGGUGCACCUUGAUAAUAGACAUUUUUGGUUCGGCCGUCCUCAGCUAGUACUGUCUCUCAUCCAUUUCUCAUUAUUUCAGAAUGCAUUUCAAAUAACGUAUUUCUUCUGGAUAUGGUAUGAUUUCGGACUAAGGUCUUGCUUUCAUGAAAAUCUUGGGCUUACCAUUGGCAGAGUCUGCAUUGGCGCGGCAGUCCAAUUUGUGUGCAGCUACAUUACACUUCCACUUUAUGCCCUUGUAUCCCAGAUGGGCUCGCAUAUGAAAAGAUCAAUCUUCGAUGAGCAGACCUCCCUGGCUCUCAAGAAAUGGCACCAAGCAGUAAAGAGAAAGCACAAAACAUCACGUCUUCAAUCUCCAUCAGUAAGUCCAAGCACAAGCACAAUGGCAUCACCUAACGCGUCGUCGCGUAUUCACCAGUUCGUUCGAUCAAGAACUCUCGGUAUAAACUCAAGAGUAACUCGAAACCAUUCGAGGUUGUCUUAUUUCUCGGACCCAGAGAUUUCAGAUCAAGAAGCUGAGAAUAUGUCUUCGCCUUCAUCUGCGACGAAUUUGAUACCGAGCUUUAAGCAUAAUAGAGAAGUCGGUGUUGAUGAAAAAAUUGAGCACUGUUUGAAUUUAGAGGGACAUGGGGAUGAGGAGUUUACGUUUGUGAAUCAUCCAUUGGAGAAUGGAGAAAAUCAAAAGCCACCUAUCUAGUUUUGUUCUGUAUUUUGUUCGAUAACUUCCAUACAAUUUUUUCUUCAACUUUAACAUUACAUGUUGAUUUCAUUGAUUUAUAAAGUUGUCAACAGUAUAUGGAGGGAAUCUACGAGUUCUUUCUUUCGAAUUUCUUUUUCUUUCACUUUAAUGCAUGAAUAUUUAUUCUUAUUAUUCGGACAAUUACUUUUCCAACUGUUUAUAUACAACAUUGAGUUAAAAUAACCCCAAAAGCUAUGUUAAGGAAUAUUCAAAAACUAAGGAUGAUAAAUUUGGGGGUAUUAUUAACUCAGCGUAGUAGAACUGGAGGGUUAAUUAGCAAAUUUCAAGCAAUAUCUUACUUGCUCAUCAUGAGAUUGUGAAGAAUUACAGCAUAAAACAUUUCCCCCAGGAUUAUGAUGAGCAUUGAUAUCAAGAAGGCUUUUGAUACUAUAAAUUGGGAUUUUCUAAAAGAAAUGCUAAAAGGCCUUGGUUUUCCUGCAAAGUUUACAAACUGGAAUAUGGUAUGCAUUUCUUCUCCCAGGUACUCCAUCUCUUUAAAUGGCACCCUUCAUGGCUACUUCAAAUGAGAAAGAGAUUUAAGACAGGGUGAUCCUCUUUCACCUUACUUGUUCCACAUUGGGUAUGGAGUUUCUCUCUAGGAAACUGGAUAUGCUUAAAGAGGACAGGUCUUUUAAGUUCCUUCCUAGAUGUGGUGAUUUGAAAAUCACACAUCUAAUAUUUGCUGAUGACCUCUUCCUCUUCUCAAAGGGAGACCUACAUUCAGUGAUGCUUCAAGGAUUUUAGUGCUGUAUCAGGUCCGGAAGCUAAUCCAGGAAAAUACAAAAUCUUCUAUGGUGGGGUUGAUGAAAACACUAAAAGUCUUGUUGACAACUUCCUGAAUUUCACCGAGGGUGCCUUACCUAUCAACUAUCUGGGAGUCCCUUUGAUAUGCAAACAAUUAUCUUACAUUGACUGCACUCCUCUCUUAAACAAAAUAUCAGGUCAGUUGCAGGCUUGUUUGAAAAACAGGUCUCUUUCAUAUGCAGGCAGAUUGCAGAUAAUCAAGAGUGUU